AUGCUUCCCACAUUCAGCGCCUACGGGGAUAGUGUUUUGGUUUCCCGGUACUACCGCCGUGGAAGGGGUAUAAAAGUUGGGGAUGUAGUCACGUUCGAUUCCGUGGAUGAGCCGGGAGCCAAGGUGAUCAAGAGAGUGCUGGGCAUGGAGGGGGAUUAUGUGAUGAUGGGUUCCCCAAGGGAAAGUAUGAGUGACAAGAUGCUACAGGUUCCAAAGGGACAUUGCUGGGUUGUUGGAGAUAAUUUACUUUGGUCGAAGGAUUCUAGGCAUUUUGGGCCCUUGCCUAUGGCGCUGAUUAAGGGUAAAGUUAUCGCAAAAGUUUUACCUUGGAGCGAGCGGCAGUGGACUGAGAAUAUUUUGACCCCUAUCGACGAGCAUUAG